CUGUUGAAGGUAAAACUACACAAAAUGCCGAGCUCUGGAAUAGUAUUAUAUGGAACGGACCUCAGUCCCUGCGUUCGAGCUGUCAGACUGGCACUCAAGGCCCUGAAUUUGGACUACGAAUUCAAGGAAGUGAAUCUUCUGGCUGGCGAGCAUCUGACUCCGGAGUACCUGAAGAAGAAUCCUCAGCAUACGGUACCCACACUAGAUGACAAUGGAACUUUCCUUUGGGACUCCCAUGCCAUCGUUACCUACUUGGUGGAUAAGUAUGCCAAGACAGAUGAGCUGUAUCCCAAGGAUCUGGUUAAGAGGGCCAUCAUCAAUCAACGCCUCUUCUUCGAGGCAAGUGUAAUCUAUGCAAGUUUAGUCAACAUAGUUGCUCCCUUCUGGGUUCGAGGUGUCACUGAGGUGCCACAGGAGAAACUGGACGGUGCGCAUCGUGGCCUUAAGUUGCUGGAGGUCUUCCUGGAGAACAGCACCUUUUUGGUUGGUGAUUCUCUGACCCUGGCUGAUCUAGUUGCUGGACCCACAGUUAGUUCCCUGCGUGCUGGUGUUGACAUUGAGCCAGCUGAGUAUCCCAAGGUCACCGCUUGGUUGGAUCGCCUUAACCAGAUCGCUUACUACAAGGAGAUCAACGAGGGUCCAGUUCAGGGCUAUGUAGCCUUCUUGCGUAGCAAGUGGACCAAACUGGGUGAUAAGUAAAAUAAUUUAGCCAAAAAAUAUGAAAUUUUAAAUUUCUCAGUCUCUUUGUGACUUUUGUCCACUUUACUCUUUAUAGUUUGUUAAAUAUUAAAUGUUUUCUUAAAACUAA